AUGUCGGCGCUCGUUGUACGAAGAACGGAGUCUAGUCACCACCAAGAUAGUAGAAUUGGCGCAUUUUACACGUUGAGACCGUUCGCUCGCGGAAACCCAGCGCUGGUUAGUCUUCAUGAAAUGUUCAAACAGGCAAGCGCCCCUACUCUUUGGAAGAAGGGACCAGGUGGUGGAUUCUUUCCUUCCUUGGAUUCUCUCAAAGGUCGCGGGGAAGCAAGGUUGAUGCAUCUGUCUGGGACUAGGGGAACGGCUAUAUACGUGUUGAAACAGGUGGUGGUGCUGCUGCAUCAGUCGUCAGUACACAUCAACCCGUACCUAGACGACUGGUUGCUACACAACCAAAACAAGGGGUUGUUGGCUGAGCAGGUACCCAUUAUGAAUCCCAUUUGGCGAGUGGCUCAUGAGAUGAGCAAAACAAGAUCUGAAACGCAGAAAAGAAAUCAACGACGACGAGAAGCAGCUAAAACUAAAAGAAUAGUACAAACUAAACUACAGCAAAAGAGACAAGUGAUGCACUCAUCAUUUGGCGAUUACAGGGUGAAGAUGCAAGAUGAAAAAAAGAAACUUGCUGCAGCGAUGAAAAAUGCUUCAGUCUUUCCUGCUGGAGAGGAAGUAGAAAAAAAAGGACAGUUUUUCAAGAAAGCAUCAUCACAACAGAAAUCAAUAAAUCCAGUCACCCCUUGCUUCAAAGAUCUUGGUGAGGAGAAAAAAGAUGAAGAGACUGUUGUCAUAGCAACAAAUGGGGAGAGUCACAAUGAUGGCAAAGUGGUUUUCAAACCUGCAGAUGCAGAAUUCAAAUUUGAAUUUGUAAUGGAUGAAGCAAGGGAGGAAUGUUGCUCACGUGGUGAUAACGAAGAAGAAGAAGUCGAAAAAGUAAAUGAGCAACUUGAAAGUCGCAAGAUUGAUGUGAGAUUUGAGAGGACUGAUACAUGUCAACAAGAAGCAAGUAUUGAAAACACAACUUUACAACAACUAGAAGGUAUUAGUAUAGUGACUGCAGGAAAUACAUAG